AUGUUAUUCUUAUGCUUUCCAAACCUCGCUGACAAUGUCGAUCUUCCCAAUCGUGUCAAGGUCCUUUGGGACGCUGGCGCUGACUUCCAUAUCCUUCAAUACAUCAACGAAACGGUCGAAACGGUUGAAACGACGCUUGAAGUCCUUCUGGGUGGCUAUCGCCUGAUUGUUUUAAACUCCGACAGAACCGAGUACAACAAGUAUGGAGUAGACCGACAAUGGAUUCCAUCGCCCUCGCUGAUGUCUAGGAAAGACGUCAUAGAGUACGAUCGACUCGAGGAUACUUCGGAUAUCAAGUAUCGACCACGCACAUCGAGAUCGCUGUGGAGAACAUGGUAUCCUGGGGAGAGCCUCUCGAUACUGGAAAUAGUGCAACGCUAUCUGGAUGCCUGGAUGGAGGUUCUUCUCGAAGCUGGGCUUGACAUUGUCGCGUAUGGCCGGCGAGAAGAAGAAUUGCAUCCGGGAGGAAAAAUCUGUCACUCUUGGGGAGAAGCGCGUCUCGUUUUUGAAUACGCGCCACUUAACCAUCCCCAGCCAGACUACACCGCAAACGAGAUCGCCAUAGAACCAACUUCACGCCAAGGGGCUAAACAGGCCGUAUACACAGUGAAGAGCAGCGUGCACUAUAUCCGCGAAUCGUAA